AUAAUAUUAUAUCCGUGAUUAUAUUCUGUACUACUGUACUGACAAAAAUAUAUAUUUCUUUAUGUUGUCAUUAGACUAAAUUAUGAUUUAUUCUAUGUAAUUUUAUCUACUCAAGUAGUUAUUGAAAAAUUAAUUUUUGUCACUUAUUGAUUGGAUUAAAUUUUAAUUACAAAUAAAGAUGGCUCUCCGAGUUUUACUUGGCAAUAAUUAUAUUAAGUAUAAUGUACCAUCAAUCCUUCUUCAUAAAUUAUUGAAUAAACGUGAUUCAUCAUACCGUUCUAGUCCUAUUGCUCAAGAUCCUUCUCACUAUGCAAAAUUUAAGGUAACUUCAGAUCCAAAAGAAUGGCAAUAUGUUGAAAGACUUCUACCACCAACUAUAAUUCCACCUCCUCCGCAAACUAAAAAUCUACCUUCUGGCUGGAAGCCUCAAACUGCUAAAUUUGGUCAGUAUCCAUACUUUGUACAUCGUACUCGCAAUCAUAUGCUUCCUGUUUACUUAAAAAUAUCCAUGAGAGGGACCAGACGUAUUACACAAAUUAAUAAUAUUGAUGGAAAUAUAUGGGCUCUGGAAGAAACACUUAAAAAAUAUUUAGAAAAAUUAUAUGGUAGUAAACAGAUUAUAGCUACUAAAGUACAUGAGGUGUGCGGUCAAUUAUGUUUUCAUGGGGAUCAUGUUACAAAAAUAAAUGAUUGGCUUCACAAAAAAGGAUUAUAAUGUUUUAUUAUUAUUUUUGUAAUAAUUAUGAAUUAUUUUAAUACAUUUAAAUAUUGCACUUUGA